UCUCUCUCUCUCCAUUUAAAAUCCCUUCUCUUUCUCUUCACUUUCCUAGUACCAAACACUACUCACUCACAGCCCCCCUCUCUCUCUCUCACACCCACAAUGAACUCAUCUUCGCCGGAAAAUUUAUCAUCUGAUCGGAAAAAGGCAAUUAAAGAGCUGGUUCGAGGCCGCGAAUUGACCAAUCAGCUCCUCACUAGGCUCGUCCUCGGCAAACCCCACGCCGGAGAGUUCGCCGCCGACGAACUCGUCGUCAAAAUCAUGGGAUCGUUUUCGGAGACAAUAAUGAUAAUUUUGAAUGGCAGCGGCGCCACCAUCGAUGAGGCGGUGGGUUCGCCGUCUUCCGAUGGCCGGAAGUCUGAAGAUUCCGGCGAAAGUAGCAAGUGUACUCCGCCGGCGAUGAAGGACCGGCGGGGGUGUUACAAGAGAAGAAAGACGUCACAAACAUGGACCAGAGAAACCCCUACUUUAAUUGAUGAUGGCCAUGCAUGGAGAAAGUAUGGACAAAAAGUUAUCCUCAAUGCCAAACACCCAAGGAACUACUUUAGGUGCACCCACAAGUUUGAUCAGGGCUGCCAAGCCACAAAACAGGUUCAACUAACCGAGGAUGAGCCACCCAUGUACCGGACCACAUACCAUGGUUUCCACACUUGCAAAAACCCAUUGAUCAAAUCACCUCAUCAUGAUGAUCACAUCAGCUUGGAUUCGGGUCGGAAUUCGGUCCUACUCAACUUCGGUUCAAAUUCAAACCCAAAUCCAAACUCGAACCACAACAAAUCAUCACACAAUCCAUAUUUCCCAACCACCACCACCACCACCUUUCCCUUGAUAAAGCAAGAGUACAAGGAAGAUCAGAAGCCAUCAGAUUUGAACCCCAACCAAUUAUCGGCGUCUAAUUACUUUUGGUCGCCGGAUCUAGCGAUGUUUGAAUCGUCAGGGCCAUUGACAGGGUUGUCAUCUGGAUCGGAUCAUGGGGAUGUGAUAUCAUCCGGUGUGUACUCAUGUACAGCUAGCACUCAUAGUCAUGGCUUGGACAUGGAUGAUAUGAUGGUGGGAGCCGUUGAUUUUGCUGACGACGUCUUGCAAUUUGAAUUUUGAUUAUUGCACACUAUUGCCCUCCUAGUAUAUUAGUGUAUUAGGGUAGUUCUUUUUAAUUCCGUUGUUUUACUUGCACAUAAAUCGAUCACAGAAUUAGAUAUAAUUAUGUUAUGAAAAAAAAUUGUAUCUAAUUUUGUAAUCGAUAUUUAUAUUUCUAGGCUUUUUCUUUCUCAACUUUAGAUUUGAUGUAAAAAAAAACCCAUGUAUUGGCUUUCUUAGGACUUAAAGAGAGGACAGCAUCUAGUUCCUCUUUCAGUGUGAAAACAAUUGGGCUUUUCUUCUCUAUUUUCUCAAUCUCUCUA